CCAAAGCAUCCUGAUUUCAGGCAUUCACAAGUUGAUCUUAGGGCAGAUGAUAGCACACUGGUGGAUAAUGAGAAGUUGAAGGCGAGAAGAGGGACUUCAGCGAAGCAACAGUUUGAAGAAAACUUCUAUUCUGAACUUCUGGGGCCUGAAGAACAGGCUAGGAAAUAAUAAAAGUUCUAAACCUAACCAGGAAGAACUUAAGAAAAUAUCUCGGUCGAAGAAGAUAGGAGCUACAGAUACAGAAUCCUCAGACCUUGAGUUAGAAGAGGGAAGUGAUUUCAUGAAGGAAGAAGAGGCCCAAGAUGCUUUAUCCCAGAUUAACCCAGAAGUAUGGAAUAAUAUCCCUUACCCACUUGUUGAUGGGAUUAAAGCUUUGGUUCGACAUCUUAGAAAACUAGACAGCACUAUUAAAGAUCAAGAUGAGAAGUAUUCCAAACUUAUUGAAAAGCAAAAGUUCCAUAUUACAAGACUUGGUCAGGAGAUUGAAAAGAUCGAGAAUUUUUCCCAAGAUAAGGUUGAACGCAUCGAGCGUAACUUCACUCAGGCCUUCAAUGAUGUUAGAAAAGCACAUGAGAACAGAAAUCAUGAUUUGGUCCAAAAGAUUGAUAAAGAAGGAGUCAUGAUAAAUAAUGUCAAAUCGAAAAUUCACAGAAUGUCACUCAAAUUAGACAAGUGAGAUGAAACUGAUAUCCAAAGAUCUUGGACUCUUUCUAAAAUCGAUGAGUCCAGAUUCAAGCUGCAAGAUUUCAUCGAUUUUGAAUUAGAAAAUAUCAAAUAAAGAAGUACGGGGAAUUUUGAAAGAAGAAUUCGAAACUCCUGGGCUUAUCGGUGAAGAUGAGCAAUAUUCCACUGUAAAAGAAUACUACCAAUCUAUCGAAGAAAGAUUUGAUAAAAAUCAACAAAGAUUUCUACAAGUUGAUGACAAUCUAAACGAGGUUGUUGAUAAAGACAUUGCUCAAAUUAGACAAGAUCUCCAAACAGCUCAUAUUACAGCUCAAGGACAAGCUGAAGAAUUAAAGCAUAAAGUCAAUAUGAAAGAUCAUAAGGAUCAAAACCUCCUCCUCGCCAACAAAAUUGAAGGCAUGAAGAACCAUAUCAAAUUGCAUGACUCCAAAAUAGAUCUAAAACUUAAGGAGAUUACUAAGAAUACAUCCAAUUUUACCUCCAUGAACAAGGAGAAGCUUAAUAUAAUGCAGAAGAAGUUGACUGACCUCCUAGACUAUGACUAUCCUGAUACAAAGUCAGAACUGAAUGAAAUAAAGCAGACAUAUCAGAAGUUACAGGUAAAAAUAGCUGAUUUCUCACAAGUUCAAAGGAGAAGCUCUUUGCUCCGCAAAAAGAACACUCGAAUGUCAAAAAGCCCAAAGAAAGAAAUUUCGAACAUAGAAAAUGUCAAUGUAGGCAUCCAGGAACUCCCUGAGGCUGAGGCAAUUGACAGUCCUGUUAAAAAGAAGAGUUUCCAAGAAGCAGGCUUCUCAGGAUUCAUAUCCAGAGGAAGAAAAAGAAAACCAACCACGCUCAGAAGCAACUGAUAGCUUAAAAGAUACUAAUGAGUUAAUAGAAGAAGAAUUAAUUCAGA